AAGUCUUCUGCCACCGUUCCCUCUGCAUGUAACAAUAAAAAAAAUUACAACUAUCCAUUUCUUUUUUGCUAUAUAUAUUCCAGUAUCCAUCCAGCCAUUCCACAAAAAAAAAAAAAAAAAAAAACAUACACUAUAAUCACCAUUUCAUGUGUGUAUCAAUAGCCAUGGCAAAAAAUUCCAAGUUCAUUUUUGCUCAUUUCAUUCUUUAUUGCACUACACUUUUGUUACUUCUCACAAUUUCAUUUGCUGCUGAUGUUCCACCAAACACCCCUGUUCCUCCCUCUGUUAUUUGCAAAUCCACACCCUAUCCUAACUUUUGUAAAUCCACUGUUCUUCCACCUUCAGAAACCCCUAAUGAAAACGUCUAUGGCUACGGGCGAAAAUCGGUCCGAAAAUCGCUCUCUUCGGCUCGUAAAUUCGUGUCCUUAAUCCAAAAAUACCUUCGAAAGUCCAAAGAAUUAACAAUUCCUGCUGUCCGUGCACUAGAAGAUUGUCAAUUUCUAGCAGGACUCAACAUGGAUUAUUUGUCAAGUUCUUUUAAAACCGUUAACACAACGUCGAAAAUUCUCCCUGUUUUACAAGCUGACGAUGUGCAAACUAUGCUAAGUGCCAUUUUGACAAACACACAAACUUGUUUGGAUGGUCUUCAAGCUACAUCAUCUACUUGGGGUGUUAGAAAUGGCUUAGUUGCCCCACUUUCUAAUGAUACCAAACUUUAUAGUGUCGCUUUAGCUCUUUUCACCAAAGGUUGGGUACCGAACAAGAAAAAAGGAACUAAAAUUCGUCACGAUAAAAAGAAUUUGUUCAAAAAGGGGCGAUUGCCGUUGAAAAUGUCAGCACGAAACCAAGCGAUUUUCGAAACGGUAAGCAGGAGGAAGCUGCUGCAACAAGAUGAUCAGGUACUUGUGAGUGACAUUGUGAUUGUGAGUCAAGAUGGGAGUGGAAACUUCACUACGAUUAAUGAUGCUGUUGCUGCUGCUCCAAAUAAUACAAAGAUUGAGGGUGGCUAUUUUCUUAUAUACAUCACAGAAGGUGUGUAUGAGGAGUAUGUUGCAAUUGCUAAGAACAAGAGGUAUUUGAUGAUGAUUGGUGAUGGAAUUAAUCAGACGAUUAUUACGGGCAAUCAUAGCUUUGUUGAUGGAUGGACAACAUUCAACUCUUCUACAUUUUCUGUGGUUGGUCUAGGAUUUGUCGCGGUCAACAUCACAUUCCAAAACACAGCAGGAGCAAUCAAGCACCAAGCAGUUGCAGUGCGAAAUGGUGCUGAUUUAUCCACAUUCUACAGCUGCAGCUUCGAGGCGUACCAAGACACAUUAUACAUACAUUCUCUCAGACAAUUCUACAGAGAGUGUGACAUAUAUGGCACUGUCGAUUUCAUAUUUGGAAACGCUGCUGCAGUUUUCCAGAACUGCAACUUGUACCCGCGACUCCCUAUGCCCAAUCAGUUCAACGCGAUAACAGCUCAGGGCAGAACGGAUAUAAACCAAAACACUGGAAUUUCGAUACACAAUUGCACAAUUAGACCUGCAGAUGAUUUGGCAUUGAGCAAUAGUACUACGAAAACGUAUCUUGGUAGGCCAUGGAAAGAGUACUCUAGGACAAUUUACAUGCAAUCUUAUAUGGAUGGAUUUAUUCAUCCAUCAGGAUGGCACGAUUGGUCUGGAGAUUUCGCGCUAAACACGUCUUAUUAUGCAGAAUUUAAUAACACUGGUCCGGGAUCAAAUACUACAGGCAGAGUUACAUGGCCUGCAAUUCAAAUUUUGAAUGCUACUGAUGCUGCUAAUUUUACAGUAUCUGGUUUUCUAGUAGGAGAUGAUUGGUUGCCACCAACUGGUGUACCAUACUUCAAUAGCUUACUGUAACUUCUCAAUUCUUUUAUAUUUUUUUUCGCAUUGAUUUCUUAAUUAUGUGAAUUGAUAAUUCAUUAAGUGAAUUAAUAAGCAGGAUUCUAAACAGAAAACCUGUUUUGUGGUCAAAAAGUAAAAUGUGUAUUCAUUUAUAUAAUCUACUUAUUUUUUAA